AUGUUGAUCAAACCGGUUUGUACUCGUUUUUUCGCUGCCAUAGCUGGGACUUCAAGAUAUUUCUCAGUUGUGCGAUCAAUGUCUCAGGUUAACUCGGAAAUCAGUGGAAUAGAUAAAACACGUGCCCGGCUAUUAUAUCAAAGUAAAAAACGAGGAAUUCUAGAAAAUGAUAUCAUUCUUGGAGGAUUUGCUGAAGAAAACUUAGCCCAAAUGAAUGAGCAACAAUUGAAAAGCUACGAUGAGUUAAUCAACGGUGAACACAUGGAAUGGGAUCUUUAUUAUUAUUUAUCCGGAAAAAAGACACCGCCGAAAGAAAUUAUGGUCGAUUUGAACGGAGUUUAUGAAACGAUUGACAAAGAACGAGAUGAAUGGAUCCGAAUCUUGAAAGAGUCGGUGGCAAUUGAGUCGGUAUCGGCCGAUCCGGCGCGGCGAGGAGAAGUUAGAAGAAUGGUCGAAUGGACAAUGAGUUACCUCCUUCAACAGGGUGCCGAAUGUUGGCUUGAAGAGCUUGGACAGCAAACCCUACAUGACGGGACAAAAGUUCCACUUCCGCCGUGUUUGCUUGGUGAACUUGGCAAAGAUAAAAACAAGAAAACUGUGCUUCUGUAUGGGCAUUUAGAUGUUCAACCCGCUCGAAAAGAAGACGGAUGGAAUACUGAACCGUUUGAAGUAGUCGAAAGCGAUGGCAAACUCUGGGGAAGAGGGACUAGUGAUGAUAAAGGACCUGUUCUUUCUUGGAUACACGCAAUUAAAGUGUUAAAUCAACAUAAAAUUGAAAUCCCGGUUAACAUUAAGUUCUGUUUUGAAGCUAUGGAAGAAAGUGGCUCCGAAGGACUAAAAGAAUUGCUUGAGCGAAAAAAGGCAGACGGAUGGUUGGAUGAUGUCGAAUACACUUGUAUUUCGGACUCAUAUUGGCUUGGUACUGAAAAACCAUGUCUCUCAUACGGAUUGAGAGGAAUUUGCUCAUUCCAUGUUGAAGUGGGCGGACUGCAACAAGAUCUCCAUUCUGGAGUUUAUGGAGGCAGUGUUUACGAACCUCUAAACGAUCUUUUCUAUUUGAUGUCUCAACUUAUGGAUGUGAAUGGGAAAAUUUUAAUCCCUGGGAUAAUGGACCAGGUUGCCAAUGUUACUGAUUUGGAGAAAGAUGCGUACCAGAAGAUUGACUUUGAUGUGAAAGAAUAUCGAGAAAGCGUUGGUGCUGCAAAGUUGCCCGAAGAACAAAAGGAGCCAUUAUUGAUGAAUCGUUGGAGAUAUCCAAGCUUAUCAGUUCAUGGAGUCGAGGGAGCAUUCUCCGAUCCGGGUGACAAAACAGUGAUCCCAGCGAAAGUUAUUGGCAAGUUUUCAAUUCGUGUGGUGCCCGAUAUGCAGCCCGAGAAAAUUAACGAAUGUGUGGCGAAAUACCUAAAUGAUCUCUGGGCUAAACGCGGUUCUGGAAACACGUUGAAGGUUCACGUUCAACAAGGUUCUGUUCCGUGGGUUCAUCCGAUCGAUCAUCCACAUUUUCAGGCAGCCAGUAGGGCUGUCAAAAGGGUUUAUGGUGUGGAUCCCGAUUUUAUCCGCGAGGGCUGUAGCAUUCCAAUCACUCUAACGUUCCAGGAACUAACUGGUCACUCUGUAAUUCUACUCCCAACAAAUGCCUCCGAUGCGAUGGCACACUCACAAAACGAGAAGAUGAGAACCAACUGCUACAUCGAUGGCAUUAAACUCUUGGCCACUUAUUUGAUGGAGCUGGGUUAU